UGAACAACGAUUGGCUGAAUCUCAGCUGUUACCUGCUUAACGAUUGGCUGGCCGUAUCUACCGCUCUGUUAACCAGUCCUAGCACAAGUAACGACACGGUGCCUACCAAUCUUAGCCAGAGAGUGCGUGGUCUUGGCGGAAUACAGGUGGGGGAUAAAAAAACGUAGCAGCAUCCCUAAGAGGAGGAGGAGGAGGAGGAUGUGGAUGAUGCAUCUGAUAGGCGAGACCCUCUCAGCGACCAUCUGUACCAAUAAAAAAACAUGGAAGAAUAGACAUGGCUGGUGAGGUGGAGAGGGAGAUGUAGCUUUGAGGAUGCCAUCCCUGCACGUUUCCCACUUGCUGCUGUGCUUCCUCCUCUUUUCCUGCGUUGGAUGGAGUGAGAGCAAAUCCCUCGCGGAGAAUGGAGCCCACGAGGUGCAGGUGAGGGUUCAGGUGUUUGAUGGCGGUGACCUGUCACCGCUGUCCAAAGCUGCCAUUGUGGUCCAUGGCAAUCAGAGCGUGCUGGCAUCCAGCCAGGCAGAGAAUGACGAUGCAGUGGUCGUAAAAUUCCUGUACCGCACAGGCACGUGGGUCAUCAUCACAGCAUCUCAGAGAGAUUAUGUCACCAGCUCAGUGCCCUGGCAUGCCAGCAGAGUGCCCUUGUAUGCCUCUGUCAGUCUGUACCUGCUGGCACAACGGCCAGGAACACUCAUCCUGUAUGAUGAUGUCAUCCAGGUGUUUCAUGGCUCUCCGGGUGGGCGGAGCCAGCCAUGGCUACAUAUUCCAAGGCGGAGCUUACAGUUGAACUCCUCCUUUUCUGAGUUGACUGCAGUCUUGACCACUGCCAGGGAUUUUAGUGAGAUCAAUGCCUUUCCCUACCUCCUAGCCCUGGAGCCUAACAACACAGGUGGUGAAAGCAGCUGGACUGAUCUAACAGCAGUAGCAGCGGUCAGUGCUCAGCUCUUUGACCGUGAGGGCAAUGCGGUUCAGGUUACUGAGCACAUUCAUGUUUCUGUUCCUCUGCCCUCUGACACACGGGUCCGAUCACCCACCAGCGUGCCUGUGUGGGUGUAUGACACUAAGACAGGCCUGUGGGUGAGGAAUGGGACAGGCUACAUUAAGAGAGAUGGAGCUCAUCUCACAUUGGACUUCAUGGCCUCACGGCUUGGCUAUUGGAUUGCAGCCUUCCCCUCUUCAUCAGGGCCAGGUUUGUCUCAUCCAGGCCUGAGGGAUAUUACAGCCUACCAUACUCUUUUCCUGCUGUCCAUAUUGGGAUCUCUGGCUCUUCUUGUACUGGUAUUGCUCUGCGUCCUCCUCUACUAUUGCAGACGAAGAUGUCUAAAGCCUCGGCGGCAGCAAAAGCAAGUCCAAGCCUCAUCUGCUCUGAGUGGCGCUAAACGAGACCAAGGCACCUCAACGUCUCGUCUCAACCUCAUCUGUGGUGGUCAUGCUGAACCUGCUGCUUCCAAUGGCGAUCUGGAUGCCAGUAAACCUGACGCUUCACCGUCUCGUGAAUACAAAAGUGCAAGGGAAGAGUUCUCCAAACACGUACCGGCACACAAACUCCGGCAUUCGUCCAAGAGCAAACAGUCAAAAGGUGCCCAGCGGGGAGGCGAAAGCUUUCCCAUGAAGGUCCAUCGUUCCACAGACACAGGCAACCAUGACAGCACUCUUAUUCAUGAUGAGUACGGGCGUAAGUACAGCUCAGAUGACAAGGAUCACGAGUACCGUCGCAGACAUGUUGUCAAUGACAAUCGCGGAUACACGGCGGACCCGCCUUCUCCAGCCAUGCCAGACAAGCCCCCUGAGUACUCUCAGGUCUCCCAAGGCCCAGACCUCCUUGCUCGUCCAACAUCACUCAACACACAACCCGGACAGAUCAUAUUCUGCAGCUCUUUAGAUCAAAUGACAGAGAACAUGUAUCGCAGCAUGGUCCCAACCUUGGUUAUCCCAGCGCACUACAUGCGCCUGUCGUCUGAGUUCAAUGCCGCUGAAGGUGGGAAGGAUGGCCAGAGCCAAGCUGAUAGGGAGAACCAGGGAGGUGCGGGUAACGGUGUCAGCGGUGGACUCCAGAACCAAGGCUCAGGUCAGAUGCAAGCCCAGCCAGGGGUGGGGUCGCCAGCUAGCUCUGAAGAGAACAUGUGGGCGUCUGGAGGUCCGUCAGCCCCCGUCCACAUCCCGGUGCUCUUUAAUGACUCCACUAUGGCUCAGAUGAAUGGAGAACUUCAUGCACUUACCGAGAAGAAGCUUCGAGAACUUGGCGUGAAACAGCACCCUCGUGCCUGGUUCAUAUCACUGGAUGGACGUGCCAACGCUCACGUGCGGCACUCCUACAUUGACGUUGGCACCGAGCUUGGCCACAGUGGAGCAAACAGCAGCAACCACAGUGCUCAAAGCACCCUCAGCGCCCCUGCUGGCAGCAGCAAGGAUUGCAGUCCAGAUACAGGCCUUCAGGAUAUCCCACAUGAGCGCAAAUCAGCCUCUGCGCGGAAGAGUAAAGAGGACCGGCACGGGAGUGGACGCAAAGGGCAUGGAGGGAACAGUGUCAGCGGCGGGAAGCAGUAUUCAAAACUGCCUUACCAUGACCCCCUGGAUCUCAGCGGUGGGGUCGGCCGCAUGGGGGCAGGGUCACCCCUGGAAAAUCCACUCACUCCCCUCCUGGAUGAUGGUCCCGAAGAGCCACGAGGGUCGUCGAUGCCUAGACGGGGUCGCAGCCGAGGAAACAGCUCACGUAGCAGCAACAGCGAGACACAGCGUGACUCUGUCACCAGCCCAGAGGACGACAAUGACCCAGACGACAAAGAUGAGAACAAGAAAAGCCCAUGGCAGCGUAUUGAGGAACGGCCACUCAUGGUGUUCCAUCCCAAGAAGUAAAAUAACCUGUAGGUGAAGAUGAGACUUAAACACAUUUCUCAAAGCUGAAAUCAGCUUGGGCUUUGAGUUUAGAUAUCACGCUGCUGGAUAAUGUUUAGCUGAAGUCCAUAAUAACAAGCAACAAGUUACAGCCUUUUUACAGUGGGUACAAGGAAAACAUAUGCAGAGAAUAAGCACAAGAUGUCUUACCGGUCCAGAACAGGGGAAUAGGAAUCAUCUGUUUACAAUCAAUUUUGGGGCAUUUUCAUCACAAAAAUCACAAAAUUACAUCUUAAACUGUCUUAGUUCCUUCCCAGUUCAAUGAUUUGUGAUGAUAUGUUUUUGAAUAGUACCAUGUCCACCGAAAAGGCUGAUCAGUUUUUUGAAAGACUUUUUUUUGACUCGGAUUCAAAUCUGAAGGUGGCUUUGAGAGGUUUGAGAGACACGUUUAUGAACUGUUACCUGAAAAGAAGGCCAGAUUUUGCUAUGACGAGGAGUUCCUUCAAAGGCAUGGAAGUUGUGGAUGGUCAGCAGUCAGAUCCAGGCCACACUCUGACGUUCUUAAUGCAGUAUAUCUGUACCAAAAAAAAAAAAACACAAACAUUUUUUAUUUCAGACAACCACUUUUCAACCAUUUUUAUAUACAUGUACGCAGCAUCCCAAUGCUAAUAGAUUACAGCAUACAGUGUGCAUCACUUUAUUUAUGCCUUUUACAUUUUGUUUCUGUUUUUCUUGCCUGAACUGUGGUUCUUUGGCGGCAAUAGUUUGUUGUUUUUUUCUUCAACAGCAAGAUGUUACAACAUAAACAGUGAAUAUCAAAUAUAGUAUAGAAAUAUUAUUCUAAACAUUCCAUUUCAAACAUUCCGAAUUACAGCACUUAAGAUAACAGACUAGGAUUUAUAUGGGUUUGUAGAUUGUUUAUUUGAUAAUUGUAUUGAACAUCUAUAUUUUGUGUUAUUUUUUUAAUGGUUGUGAUUUAGUCAUUCGGUCGUGGUUGAAGUCAUCCCUCCUUUCUGACCUAUGUCAUGUUUUGCAUUUCUUACAUAAAGAUGAUUUCUUACUGAGCUGAACAGCACCUGUGUCCUCCUGAAAUACUGUUCAGAGGGGAAGUAUUGGAUAGGAAAUACUGAUUCCUUAUUAAUAAUGACUCUUUUCACAGUCUGCACUGACUGUGUUGAACAGUAGAGAUGAAUGUAUGUUUCUUUAUCCUGAUGUAAUUCUUUGUUAAUCCUGUUAAUCUGUCCCAAACUUUUUUCCAUUAACACAAAUAGAUUUCGGAUGUGGAGUUUAACGUUAUAGAAAAUGUUGGGAUUCUGUGUAUAUGUAUGAUAGCAUAUAUGUGCAUGAGAUACUGUAUGUAGAAUAGGAUGACAGUUUGUUUUGGGACUGAAGAGUAAACACAGCCCUGUUUCUCAUACAACUAUAAAAUAAAUAUAAAACUAUAAAAGCAGGAGCCAUUCUGAGGAGUAGGAAAUGAGAACCAGAUUGAUAUUUUUGUAUCUGGGCCAGGAUCAUCUGAUAAGGAUGCAAACAAUAGAUGGACUCAUGUUAAAGUUCUAAACAACCCUGACCUGCUUAAGUGGAAGCCAAGUAACACCAUUGAUUCCCUGAUUAGAGAUCAGGAGACUUUUGGUGCUGUUAUCUUCUCUCUUUUUAUACUGGUAGCUGUUAGCUGUCAGUGUUCUUUUUCUCUUUCUCUCUCUCUCUCUCUCUCUCUCUCUUUCUCUCUUUCUUUCUCUCUUACUCUACAUAUUAAAUACUGCGUCUCGGUGCUGAAAUUUUUAAACCCAUAUAUCUUUUGCCCACGAUAAACGUUUAUAUGACAAUACAGCAUGUGCAUUCACUUUCGUAAGUGUAGUGCAUAAUUUGGUAUGCUUCUAAUAUUCCUUGUUUUUAAUGGCUUGUUACACCCCAGUCAAACUUUACACUUACAGUGCCCUCCAUAAUUAUUGGCACCCCUGGUUAAGAUGUGUUCUUUAGCUUCUCAUAAAUUGAGUUUUGUUCAAAAUAAUAUAGGACCACGAUGGAAAAAAAGAGUAAAAUACAACCUUUAACUCAAGUGAAUUUAUUCAGUAGGAAAAAAAUCCCACAUUAAGAAAUAAUUAUUUAACAUCAAAUCAUGUGUGCCACAAUUAUUAGCACCCCUGAUGUUAAUACUUUGUACAACCCCCUUUUGCCAACAAAACAGCACCUAAUCUUCUCCUGUAAUGUUUCACAAGAUGGGAGAAUACAGAAAGAGGGAUCUUUGACCAUUCCUCUUUGCACAUUCUCUCUAAAUCAUCCAACGACCUGGGUCCUCUCCUCUGCACUCUCCUCUUCAGCUCACCCCACAGGUUUUCAAUGGGGUUGAGGUCUGGGGACUGAGAUGGCCAUGGGAGGAGCUUGAUUCUGUGUGCGGUGAACCAUUUCUGUGUAGAUUUGGCCACAUGUUUAGGGUCAUUAUCUUGCUGAAAGACCCAGUGACGACCCAUCUUCAGCUUUCGGGCAGAAGCCACCAGAUUUUGUUUUAAAAUGUCCUGGUAUUUUAGAGCAUUCAUGAUGCCAUGCACCCUAACAAGGUUCCCAGGGCCUUUAGAAGAGAAACAGGCCCACAGCAUCACUGAUCCCCCGCCGUAUUUCACAGUGGGCAUGAGGUGCUUUUCUGCAUACUCAGCUCUUGUGUUACGCCAGACCCACUUAGAGCAUUUGUUGCCAAAAAGCUCUAUCUUUGUUUCAUCUGACCAAAGCACACGGUCCCAGUUGAAGUCAUAGUACCGCUUAGCAAACUCCAAACGUUUGCGUUUAUGAUUGUGAGUUAGAAAUGGUUUCUUCCGUGCAUGCCUCCCAAACAGCUUGUUGGCAUGUAGAUAGCGCCUGAUGGUUGUUUUGGAGACUUUGUGACCCCAAGAAGCUACCAUUUGUUGCAAUUCUGUAACAGUGAGCUUUGGAGAACUUUUUAUUUCUCUUAUCAUCCUCCUCACUGUGCGUGGUGGCAAAAUAAACUUGCGUCCUCGUCCAGGCUUGUUUACCAUUGUUCCAGUUGUUUUAAACUUCUUAAUAAUUCCUCUGACAGUAGAUAUGGACAGGUGUAGGCGAGUAGCGAUUUUCUUGUAGCCAUUGCCUGACUUGUGAAGGUCAACACACAUCUGCCUCACUUGAAUGGUAUGUUCCUUUGUCUUUCCCAUGUUGAAGAUAAAUGGCCUCUGUGUCACGUCAUAUUUAUACCCCAGGGAAACAGGAAGUUGUGAAUUACUAAUUAAAUGUUCCUACAUACUCUGAUCAACUUCGUAAACUACUGUAGAAGUGACAGAAAUACUUUUAUUAAAUGUAUUUCCUAAGAAUUGUUAGGGGUGCCAAUAAUUGUGGAACAGGUGAUUUUAUGAAGAAUAAUUAUUUCUUAGUCAGGGAUUUUAUUUCCCCCUUAAAAUUUACUUGAGUUAAAGGUUGGACUUUACUUUUUUUUCCCCAUCGUGGUCCUAUAUUAUUUUGAACAAAACUCAAUUUAUGAGAAGCUUAAGAACACAUCUUAACCAGGGGUGCCAAUAAUUAUGGAGGGCACUGUAUUUCAUUACAAUUUUCUAUACCCUUACAUUUAUUAAAGUCAUGCAUUUUCUAGUUUAAUGUAACUGGUAAAGUGCCAUUGCUAAACGAAAGGCAUCAUUCACAACCUAGUGAAGUCAGUAUUUAGCAUGCUGGUGGCACUUCCAGCUUCACAGACAUCACAGCAACAGUCUAAUCGCAGAAGCACCUGUCAUGCUGUUUAUUUGUUUUUGAUACUGUUAUCUUUGUAAACAUAGUAAAGAAGUAGUCUAUAAAGAAAUUAUGACGAGGCCUACUCAGUCUUGAAUACAGACUCCAAAGUAAGAAAAUGACUUUAGAAGAAGAGAAAAAGAGGCACUAAAUGCUUGAGCUGUUUUACAGUAUGGUGUGAUUGACCCCGAGAGUACUAGAAACCUAACAAACUCUUGAAAUCUAAUUGUGGCUUUAGGGCCGUGUCUCAAAUCAACCCCUACUUCUUAUUAGUUAUUUAUAUACAUAAAAAUUGACUUAACUUAUGAACACACAACAUUUUAGCAGCUGCUAGCUAACUGCUGAUAGCUAACCGCUGAUGUCUAACAAAAUACUAUAUGUUUUACCAUUUAAAGAACAAAGGAAAAGCUUGAGUUUGACUGUCUGGAACCAAAGAAAGGAGUGCAGUACCCUUCUCAUAUACUAGAAUAUAAUACAAUAAAAUAGGAUAUAAUAAAAUAGAAUAUUUAAGCAAUGGCAGAAAAAAGCCAUAGAUCUGGAGAAAAGGUGGCUUAAUCACAGUCAAAGCACAAGAACACUAUAGAUAUUAGAGUCUUAUAUUUCACUGUAAAAUGGUAAUUUUACACUGCACAAUCUGAACUCUCCUGUUACCUACCGAGAACACAUUUCAUCGCUUUGAACUGCAAAUAAUGGUUGGGCCUGAAACACAAGAAAAGCUGACUUGAUGCCUUGAUGCUACACUAUUUCACUUAGAAAGCAGUGUAAUUAUAAAUGUCUUUGUAUCUAAAUCCAAAGUACAUCCUGACUUUGCCAGUGUAUGAGCAGCUUCCUGCUAGAUAUUUAUGUUAAGCUUUGUUAUCAUUGGUCAUUGACGUUUUUCACUUAGUAAAACAGAAGUCUAGAUUACUAAACUUCGAUUCAGACAUGGAAUUGGUGCUCUCCUGCCUCAGAAUUCUGUCUAAGUAUUGACAGCAUUGUCUUCUUAUGAUUUAUAAUUAACCAGUGUGUGUUAUUGGCAUUAGAAGACAUUGAGAAAAAAAAUGGAAAUAGCUGAUACUGGAUUACAAUAGCACAUGGAAUAGAUCACUGGAUCAAAUCAGGACAUCUUUAGUAAAAUAUAUGAUCUCAUCAUAUUAAGCAGCUCACAGUGAAGCUUUCUCAGCCCCUGUAACCCUAUGAUCAUUAUUUAGCUAGUAUUUCUAAAGCAGAAAGUAAUAUACAUUAUUUAGUAUCCAUUUUAUCCAUUUAGUAUCCAUUUCUUGUGACACCCCACAUGGCUCUAUUUUAGGGUAAAUGAAAAUGAUAUUAUUAAUGACAUUAAUGCAGUUAUGAGAGUGAACCAUUGUGGGCUUAUAUACAGGGUCAAUCGAGUUAAUAUGAUACUGAGAUCUACUUUAUUUCUCUAGAGAAAAGAAAAGACAAGGGAAAUAGCUGAAUUUCCAGUGUACUCAAAAGGGUUGAUUUGAGACACACGUUUGGUUUCUUCAGUCACUUUGAGCAUGCUGUUAAUCCUCCGUAACGUUUACAUACUCUCUGUGAAUACAGAGUCUGUAAAUUAUCCUAAGAGCAAAGGGGCUCUCUCUUAAUCAAAGCCAUUCUCUUUUUCUGUCAUUUCUAUUAACUAUCCAUAGGAACGGAAACUGUCACUGGACAUAUCAGUAAGCCUUUGUCAGUGUAUAUUACUAAUGUGAUGUGGUUACAAGUGCUCUAAGAAACCAUUAUGUUUGUGUAAAUAUUUCUCUGCUUAAUCUGGAGUCAGUUAAGCUGGCGUCAGUUUUCAACCGAUUGUGCACAUUCCUGAAUUGUUGGCUAAAUCAGUCUUUAAAUUGGGUCCGUUUUAUUUCGGUGGGGUAAAAUCUGUUCAUUCAAGGCGGAUGAUGUGUUUCUUUUAAUUCACGUGUGCAGUCUCAGCUACGAAAAAAGCCAACACUCAAUGCUUUGUGUGUUAACCAUUUCGUUCAGAUAAAAGGUAAUUGAAUUGUUUGCACAAAAAAAGAGAUCAAUUUGAUUGUGAACCUUCUUCCAAAAGAGAAUAAACUUGUUUACAUAUUGAUUUUA